AUGAUGGAUGAAAAUGUAUCUUAUCAAUUUGCACCGGUGCGACAACGUAGGGAAGAUAGGCAGGACAUUCAAUAUGAAUUAAUUCUUCGUCAACAACCAAAGCAAUCAAGGAUGUGUGGUAUCGGUGAAAAAGCUGAUAGACGUCCAAUAGAUCCACCUCCAAUAAUUCAGUUAAGAGUUCAUGAUCCUACCCUGCCACAAGCUGAAAAAAGUUCAUUCCUACAGAAUCCUUAUUUUUUUAUGUAUGCGUCUUUAAUGGCCCCUGACACAAACGAAGAAUUACACUUACUCCGAGAUGGCAAGACACGUUCUACAACCGGUUCUGUUGUUUCUUCUUUAUAUCAUCUUAAAGAUAUUGAUAAUUCGGAUGCUGGAUUUUUCGUAUUUCCCGAUUUAUCUGUACCUAAAAGAUUUCCAGGAAUGGAAGAAUCUACGUUUCUAUCAAGAUCUUUUGCUGAUCAAGGUUUAAAAAUCAGAAUAAGAAAAGAAAUUAGGAUACGAAGGCGGUUAGCUAAAAGAAAAGAAUUAGAACCGAUAGAGAGUGCUGAUUCAAAUAGGAUGAAACGUUCGCGUGAUAACAGAUUUGAUAAUGAUAGCCAUGAAUCUUCUGAUUUAGAGAUAACAGAUCAUACUCAAUCUACAGAUGAAAUACAUUCUAAAAGAACGUCUGAUUUAACUGAAAGACGAAAAGACCAUUCAAGUAAAAGUCCAUCUUCAUCUUAUCUACGAGGUCCAUAUGAUCAUCUACCUCACAUCGGUCCUUAUGAACAUAAUGCUCCUUUGUAUGGACCUGGUUAUCCUCCACAUAGACCUAUUCCGUGGCAUGACCGUCCAGAGUAUAUGAGUGAUCCACAUUAUCCUCCUUAUUAUGAUAUAUAUGACAGAAGAUAUAGUUAUCAUCCUUAUUAUUACCCCCCACCGUUACCAGACAGUGCGGAUCAUCAUCGUUAUCCAUAUCCUCAUCCACCAACUUAUGGCAGGCCUCCAAUUUAUCCAAGUCAACCUGGAUAUUAUGAUACACCACAAAGGAUAUCUCAUUCUUCAAAUGAAUCUUCGAGUACUUCUAGACCUUAUGGAUAUGACAUUUCAAAUUCUUAUCCUCCUCCACGUCCAUGGUCUCAUUAUAAUGAACGUCCAUCUCCGAGAGAUCAUAAUUCUGAAUCAUCUUCAUCACCUUAUCGGAGUGGUUUACUUCCUAUACCACCACCACGUCAUUCAAUGUAUUCAUAUCCUGAAUAUUAUCAUUCGUAUCCACCUCCACCACCAAAACAAGAUUACGUUCAAAAUGAUCCUGUUUCAAGUCAAUCUGGUCCUAAUAAAAUUCCUAUCCAAGAUCUUUUAUCUACCGAACAGCACCAACUACCUAAUGCUGAACGUGCUGCAAGCGGUGUCUCUUCUUCUCGUACAUACGGUGCUCCGCCAUCUGCCUUUGCUCAUCUUUACCCUCAUCCUGGUCGUCCUCAUGAAUAUUCAUCACGACAUGAUAUGUAUAAUCAUUCUCGAUAUUCACAUGAUGCUAGGUAUCCACCUCAUGAAAGUUUACCACAUUAUGGUCAAAUUGCUACCUCUAACUCACCAAGUCUUGCGAGUACAAAAUCUAUACAACAAUCUACAACAUUACAGUCUCAAGAUUCAACACAUCCUACACGUUCUUUGACGACAACUUCGAUAUCACCGAUUCAUGGAAAUCGAAACAUGGAAUACGUUCAAUAUGAUCAUACACGUCGAUCAUAUUCUAACGAGCAAUCAUCUGAUGAAAAUUCUGGAUCAGUGACGCCUUCUAGUGUAACAUCUCCCCAACAAUCUUCAGCUUAUAAUGGGGGACCCAUGGCUCCAAUAGCAUCGCGUUCUACAACAUCGUUAGUAUCGUUACCUUUGUUGACUCCUUUAAGCAUUUCCGAUCGUACUGACCAAUAUGCAAGUAGUUCAACCAGUAGUCAAAAUCAUCUGUCAUAUCAAAAUUCCUCAAACAUCAUUUCACAGCAAAAAUCAUCAUUGCAACGAUCACAACAUUCAUCAUUUGAACUACCUUGGGAGCGAAGGAAGGAAUAA